AUGGUCGCUACCUGGAUAAUGAACUCGGUGAGUAAGAAAAUUGCUCAGAACUUGUUGUUUACGUACACUGCGGAAUCGAUUUGGAAGAACAUUCUAGCUAGGUUUAAGCAGGAUGAUGCAACGCGUGUAUUUGAGAUAGAACAACGAUUAGGAACUGUAGAACAAGGCUCUAUGGAUGUUAGUAGUUUCUAUACUGAGUUGAUGACUCUUUGGGAAGAGUAUAAGAACUACAUUGAGCUCCCUGUGUGUACGUGUGGUCGCUGUGAGUGUAAUGCUGCUGCGCUAUGGGAAUCUUUACAACAGAGAAGCAGAGUUAUGAAGUUCUUGAUGGGUGUUAAUGAAGCUUUUGAGCCAACUCGUCGCCAUAUCUUGAUGAUGAAACCUAUUCCUUCUCUUGAAGAUGCAUUCAACAUGGUUGCGCCAGAUGAACGCCAGAAGUCCAUUAAGCCAAGCUCGAGGCAGGACAAUGUUGUUUUUCAGAACUCUGGGCCUCAUGAUAAUACUCAUUCUUUGUCAUCUGAGAGUCUUUUUGAUAAUGCUGCUUUUGCUACUCAAUACAACAACACUUAUCGUCCUCGCCAACGUCCGGUUUGUACUCAUUGUGGUCAGCUUGGUCACGUCAUUCAAAAGUGCUUCAAGCUUCAUGGCUAUCCUCCAGGGCACAAGUUUCACACAGCUCCAGGACAACAACAAUCCUCUCCGCAGUCUCGUGGCCAGAAUCAGAAUCGUACUCACUCUCAGUCUUUUCAGAAGACUAACACAGUGGCGAAUAAGAUGACUGCCUCUCCUCUUUACUUGCCAGCUCCUGCCACGAAUGCGAUCAACAUCGAUCUCAGUCAACUCAAUACUGAUCAAUUCCAGACUCUGCUUCAACAGCUCCAAAGUCAUGUUAAGCCUCCUGAGUCUCAUGUUCCCGUUCAACGUGCGUCUAUUACUGAGGGAGGUCAUAUGGUUGCUAAAUCGUCUGCUGGUAUCGUCUUUUUUCCAUCUUCUAAUAUCCCUUUUCCUUCUUCUAGCCAUCGCUUUGAGAACAAUUGCCUUACUUUCCAACAUCAGUGUUUAUCUUCUCUUUACAAUUCCUUACCAAGUGGUUCUUGGAUAAUUGACAGUGGAGCCACAACUCAUGUUUGCUCUGAUCUGUCUUUGUUUAGUGAGACCUUUCCGGUGUCCGGUGUUACAGUCUCUCUCCCUAAUGGCAUUACAGUCAUAGAGGCACCAUGCAUAUUCAUUCAUCAUUGA